GUCAGAAACCCUAUAAGAGGGGAGAGGACAGCUUGAAGAUUCUUCCUCUCUUUCCUUUUCCGGUUGGAGCCAGAGGCAGUUACAACGACCGUUACAGAGGCAGUUACGACCGUUACAUCGUCAGUUUCAGUUGCAGCUUCAGUUUCAGAAACAGACACAGCUGAGGCAGGAGCUGCCAGCAGCAGAGCUGAUCUACGGGAGGAAGCUGAACAAAGACUUCAGUCCAGUGGGUAAUCUUAUUACCAUCAAGGGGGAAACAUGAUUUUGCUUUACGCAAUCAUGUUUCUCUGUAGCCUCCUGGUUACUCUUUCAAGGCGUACCUAUUGGGCCUGGAAGAUUAUGACCAACAUAUCAAAAUGGGGCUUCUGGUUCAUGGGUUGGUUACUAUGGAGCCUAAAUAAAUGUUUUGAUUCUUCUGCCUUCUACUUUGAGAGUUUCUUCUAUCCGGCGAUUCCGAACCUUUCAGACAUGUUUAUGAUCUUCUUUGAGAUUAUAAACUCGGCCCUCCUGAUACAUUUGGCGUCACGAACAGGAUCGCUAGGUAUAAGAUCUCUAUUUAGAAGCAGAACAAUUCCAGAGGAAGAGAUAAAUAUCCCAGGAUGGGAGGAUCCAUUUUAUUCCUCCCUAGCAAAAGAAUUGGCUAAAAAAGCUGGACCCUGUGAAAACUGGGAACCAAGGCUACGGAGAGGAGAUCCUAGGGAUUUAGAAAAGUGUUUACGAGAAGUUGGGAUUCAGUCAGGGGCAUCACUAUCUAGGCAAAGCUGGAUAGUGUUAUCAGCCUACCGGCUAGUAUACGAAAGAUUGAGAUUAAGUGAAAGACAUGGGGGCACUCCUACCCCACAGGAAGAAGGGAAAUCUCAGAUAGCAGAAGACCAAACUGACUCAAAUGAGAACUUUUCUAUUAAUGUGGCUAAGAGCAACAGGAGACCAAAAAAGCCCAGAGUGCAUUUCAACCCAGCCCAGAAAGAGCCGGCUGAGGCACAAAACACUACUGGGGUUCAGGAUGUGCCUCACACAGAGAAUAGGAGAUGGUUAAAUGAUCAGACAAGGGCUCGACCCAUACAAAGGAGGAAGACAGAAACCCGAGGUGAAGAUUCAGUUACAAGGGAAAUUCAGGAAGAUUUCUCACCGCAAGAGGUCACAGAUAUUUUGAGUAGAUUCAGCCAAAGAAUAGGAGAACCAUUGAUAUCUUGGAUGGUAAGACUCAGUGAUCAAGGGGCCGGUGGAAUAUCAGUAGAUGGGACAGACUGCAUGAGAUUCAUAGGUAUCAGCCAUGAUCCUCUAGUUCAACAAGCUUUUAGGGAACAUCAUCAGCAAGGAGAUGGUGAUAGCAAGACUACUCUGUUGGCAUUAGCCGCUGUGGGAUGCAAUAAGAAAUAUGAUACUGAUUCUAUGUGGCCCACUGAGCACAGACCCUGGUAUUCACUUAGAGAUUGUAUCAUGAGACUAAAGGAGGAGGUAAUGAAGACUGCCAUUAUGAUAGGAACUGCAGACAAAUAUUACAAUGAUCCAAUGGGACUGUCUCAUAGGAAUUUAAUAAUUAGGACAGCUCCCCCUGCUUAUAAACAACUAAUUUUGAAUUUAUUACUUGGAGAAGUAGGGAGCCGUCUUACAACAGUGAUAAAUAAGAUUUUACAGUUAUAUGACUUAGGUGACUGGGGAAGGGAUAGAUCUCCUCAAGAGAGAAGGGUGAAUAACCAGCAAACUUGGCGCCAAAGGAGAGUAACAAGGAAAGAAAUGUUUACUACUUUAUUGAGAGCAGGGGUAGGUUUUGAAAUGAUAGAUGGAAUUCCAACCAAUGAAUUAUACAGAAUGUAUAGAGGACUUGAUAACACGAGAAAUAGGGAAAUAAGAACUGCUCCUGCAAGCCUACAAGCCACUCAGACUGAAGGUGACCUUGUAAUUAUAGUCUAUACUUGUCUAUUCUUUUUGUCCUUUGUUUUGGCUAACCUUGUUGCUAGUUUUGUUUCCUUCAGGCUUAAGCACCCUGCACUUUCCGGUGACUGCCUAAGCAUGUAGCAUUCUUGGAAUUCCUGCCAGCUCGUUAAAGAAAUGACCUCUGGAAUGGGACUUUUUGGGGGCAGGGCCAUCUCUACAUCCAAUUUCAGCAUGAAGAAGCUAUGGAAAAUGAGACCUUCACCCCUCACCCCAAGAUUUUGAGCCCCAAUCGUUCAAGGGGGGGGGGGGAAAUGAUGAUAGUGUUCUGUUUACUUAUUUUGUGUUAUCCUUGCUGUGUUGUUUUAUUGUUAUGAUAUUAUUGAUCCUAUGUAAUGGAUACAAGGAUUUAGGGGUGGACAUUUGAAUUAUUAAUAAUUAUUUUGGGGAUGAUUGAUUGAAGAGAUUAUCUUGCUGGGACCUAGGGGUGGAUCGCAUUUGAAUCGUUAAACCAAUGUUUAGGAAUGUCACCAAAUGAUAUGUUUUGCUUUAUAAUGAAUGAUAUGUUUUAGUUUCCUUUGUAAUUGAAUCACAAUGUAUGUUCUAGGAUACAUGGCUGAUUAGAUUAUGUAUCCUAUAACAAGGGGUGGAAUGUAGCCAUAAUGGCUUUUGUUUUCUUUGAAUGGCUCAGCUUGCCUCAUUGAGCCUCUGGACACUGUGGCUUGCUCUUCCGGGGCAGGAGGCCCGGGGAGCAUGCCGGGAGGCAGACGGCUUCCUGUGUGGGGAGUCAUGGGGCUGGCUGAGGGGAGGUGUUAGCUCCAGAACCUGGUCUACCCUAGGGGGAGGAGCCAACUCAGGAACCAAUCGGCCCUGGUCAUUUGGGCGGAGCUUGAUGAUGUCAGAAACCCUAUAAGAGGGGAGAGGACAGCUUGAAGAUUCUUCCUCUCUUUCCUUUUCCGGUUGGAGCCAGAGGCAGUUACAACGACCGUUACAGAGGCAGUUACGACCGUUACAUCGUCAGUUUCAGUUGCAGCUUCAGUUUCAGAAACAGACACAGCUGAGGCAGGAGCUGCCAGCAGCAGAGCUGAUCUACGGGAGGAAGCUGAACAAAGACUUCAGUCCAGUGGGUAAUCUUAUUACCAUCAAGGGGGAAACAUGAUUUUGCUUUACGCAAUCAUGUUUCUCUGUAGCCUCCUGGUUACUCUUUCAAGGCGUACCUAUUGGGCCUGGAAGAUUAUGACCAACAUAUCAAAAUGGGGCUUCUGGUUCAUGGGUUGGUUACUGUGGAGCCUAAAUAAAUGUUUUGAUUCUUCUGCCUUCU